UAUAAAUAUAAAGUAAUGAAAAUGUAUGCAUAAGCUGGCUUGGAUAAGACAAUCCUCCGUGACAUCAUAAUAACUUCCUUGGUCGUGUUUCUUUAGCGGAUGUAGCAAGAAACUUUUUUUACAUCAACAUUGUUACGUGUGGCAUAAGACAAAGGGGUAUAGGAAAGGUGCACAGAAAUUAAACCGUUUUGGAUACAAAAUAACGUUUUACGAUUUUUCAGGAUUUAUUUAGGUAAACAAAGUGCAUUGAAAGUAUAGUAUAAUAACACUGGCAGAACAUAAAUGGAUGCAGGUUUGGGAACAACAAUGGCUGCGACAGUCGUGUCAACGGUUGCGCAACUGAACGUAACGCAACUGAACGCAACACAACCUGACAUUGACUAUUUACGAGCAAGUUCAUUUCGGUACUUUGGAAUCUGCGUCGCAAUCUGGGCAAUCUUUGUCGGUUCUAUCGGAAACCUUCUGACCAUUCUUGCAUUUUUUUCGAACUCAAAGCUGAGAACAACAUUCAAUGUAUUCAUCGUUAACUUGAGUAUUGUGGACUUUUUAACGGCUUCUCUCAUGUUGCCAUUUAACUUGGCCGGAUACGUACAAAUGGCGUGGCCAUUUGGACCUUACGAUUUUACAGCGAGAUUUCAAGCCUACAGUUAUUUCUGUUGCGGCUAUACGUCCGUUGUAUUUCUAGUUACUAUUACCGUCAAUCGAUUCAUUGGCGUUGUAAAGCCGGGAAAGUAUAACGACUACUUUAAUAAACAAAGGGUGAUAUGUAUUCUCGUAUUUUGCUGGACUUUUGCCCCAAUUUGCUUGAUACCAAUGUUAACCACACACCCAAUAUGCGCAAAACAGAAUCCCAGCAACCCUACCAACUCAAUUACUGGCUUCCACCCAAAGCAAUUCAUUUGCACAUUUGUGUGCGUACCAUGGGACGAAUACAUGCAGGUCGCGAGAGCUGUGUUUCAGUUUCUGCCACUUGUGAUUAUGGUGGUCUUAUACAGCAUCAUAUUCACACGGCUUGAUAGGCAGCGUGAGCGCAUACACGCCACCAUGCGGAAAGGGAGGAGCGCUUCAAAUGCGACAGGCAUUAACUCGGUUUCUGUGAGCGAGGCCAGUCCAACAAAAAGUGUAAGCACAGACCAGAAUAAACGAUCAGUGUCGAUCGUAAAGGAUAAAAACAACUUGAGAAAAAGUAUAAUGCUGCGAAAAACUAGCAGUGCUGAUAUGAGUAAUGCAAAACGGAUAAAAGACAACAGACGCAUGCUGCUCAUCAGUGUAACAAUCUGUAUUGGAUUCAUGAUAACAUUUCUUCCAAGUGUUAUUGUGAACUUGCCACCUUCCGCAACAAGGAGAGCGUUUGACGUUCGUGUACACAUGGCAGCAUCUAACAUGGCGUGGUUCAACAGUUCUAUCAACCCUAUUAUUUACGUCCUGCUAAAUAGAAGAUUCCGCAAAGAAUACAAGCGUCUUGUUCUCAUGUUCUUUGGGCGUGUUCGUGGAAGUUUUAUGCACGAUUCUCUGAGCACGACUACGCCUCAACAGAAGCAUAAAGUUGGAAUAAACGUUUCAAUGCAGCCUUCAGCAUGAUUUGACCGUUAAACUGCUUGUUUAUACCCAAUUAUGGGAACCCAAAGGCAGAUAUGUCAUUUCAAGCGAUCAAACGGACAUACAUAUACAUAUAUAGAGUACUGUGGGGGUAGAUGGGACACAUUUAGCACAUAAUAUUUAAAUAUCCUGAUCUUGUUUUAAACAAUUAACAACAGUCUAUGGGAUUCGUAGGGAUACGGUUUUAUAAUCCCUUGAAUGUUCUUUGUUUACUACGAAAUGGAACGAGAUAAAUUUAAAAGGUGUCCCAUGUUCCCUCACCCUACUAUACGUAUAUUAAAGAUGUAAAAACGUUGAGAUUUUUUGCCCAAGUUCAUAAUGUUUCUUGCGAUGUGACCAUAGUUUUUCCAAUAUGAUAUUGCUUUUCGGGUUAACUUAAAAAAUCACGACUAACGUUAUACUCUUUUAAACACUUCAUUGAGAAAAAUCUGUUUGACUUUAAAACGGCACCUUAUACCAUUGUUCCUGCUACUGUACGUAUAUAUUGCACAAAGUGACAUUAUAUUACAUACGCCUUUGCAUUUUUCCGAAUAUUUUUGACAUUGCACAUCCGCUUAUUAGCGUUUAUUUUUGUAACGAAACGUAAUCUCUGUGUCCACUGUUAAAACUUGGUUUAUUUUUUGUUCAUUUGUGUUUAAUGAUUAUAUUUUAUUUUUUCAUUGUGUGUUGAAUAAAAUAUAACUAUCCUGCGUCA